UCCGGCUGCUCACGGAUCCCACCACGCGCUCCCGCCGCAACCUGAUUCGCUUCCGUCGAGUGCCCGCAGGAAGCAGCGGCGUUCUGAUUGGGUCGGGGAGAAACGCACUCGAGUUGUUCGGUGUCGUGCCUCACAAGGAGCUUAUCAGGGCCGGGAGAGCAUCUGCGCUGCUAGUGGCUGAUACCUCGCCAGCGUCGCGCAGUUCCUCUCUCUCUUUUCUCUCUGUUUAUUAAUGACCAUUGCUUGGCAAGCAAGCGUAUCCGUGUGUUUCAACAGAGCAAGCGAGGGGGACGGGCACAAACAUAUUAUUAAUGGUACCUGUCUUUAGCUUUCCCUCUUUAUUACGUGAGAGAGAAGAGAGAAGGUGAGAAAGGAGGAGAGAUGGUGGUGGAGUCCUCUGCUGCAGAGAGGGAAGAGGACAAGAGGAGAGUCGCCAUGAACCGCUCCUUUUAGAUUUCUUUCGCCUUCAAUUGUCUCCGUCUCUCUCUUCUGUGAGUUUGAUCGAAAGGUGUUUGGCUAUGGCGUCGGGGUUUCCCGGGCGGGAGCUCGGGUACGGAGUGCGGCUGCCGAUCCCGGCGCGGUCGGAAGCUGGAAAUGGCGGCCUGCUGAAGCGGUCGCUGACAGAAAUGGACAGACUGCAGCUGCAGCAGCAGAUGCAGUUGCAGCACACGUUCUUCCUUCGAUCCGUGAAGCAGAGGACGCUCUUCAACUCCCCUGCUUCACCCCACUUUUCGCCUCCUCUUCCCCCGGCGGAUCUCUCUUCUGGCUCCUCUUCCUCCUUGAUUUCGGCGAAGUUGACACAAGACGGGCUGGCGCGAUCCAGAGAGCAAUCCUCCGCGCCGCAGGUGGCCGCGUCGGGGGCGGAGAGCAGGCCCUCCGCCGCGGUGCGCGACCGGCUCCAGGAACUGGAGCGGCGGUUGCUACUGGACGAGGAGGAGGGGGAAGGCGAUGUCAGCACGUCAGGCUCGGCCGUGACCACGGCCGAGUGGAGCGAGGCGAUGCAGCAGCUCAUCACGCCGCCGACGUCGGCAAAGAACCCGCUUUCCGCUUCGCCCACCAAUUCCUCUUCCACCACCGUCUCGUCCUCCGCCUCGUGCUCGCCCUCCUCGUCGUCGGUGGCUUCAUCUUCGCGGCAGAUGCUCCUCGAGACCGCCGCUGCUAUCGCGGACGGGAACCUCGAGACAGCCACCGCGAACCUCGUCGUCCUGAAACGCGUUGCGAACCCCCGAGGCGACGCGGAGCAGCGACUGACGGCGGUGAUGGUCGACGCGCUCAUCUCUCGGCUAAAGCUGCCGCAGGCUGGGAGUUCCUCUCUCCCGAUCGCGGCGCUCUGCAGCGCGGAGCACUUCGCGGCAACGCAGAUGCUCUACGAACUCUCCCCUUGCUUCAAGCUCGGCCUUAUUACCGCCAAUUUGGCGAUUUUGGAGGCCACCAAGGAGCAGCCCAUGAUCCAUAUCCUUGACUUCGAUGUUGGCCAGGGCGGCCAGUACGCCGUCCUCCUCCAUGCUCUCGCGGAACGCCACCAUCUCCGCCCCGCCGCCGGCGCACCCUCCCUCCGGAUCACUGCCGUCUCGGACCCCACGUCCCCGUUCACCAACAACAACAGCGGGGGGAACCUAAGGGCCGUCGGCAACCGGCUAGAGAAGCUGGCGGAGAGGGCCGGCCUGGCGGUCCGGUUCAACGUCGUCCACCUGCGGGCCGCGGAGCUGGACGCGUCGGCGCUGAGGUGCGAGCCCGGGGAGGCCCUGGUGGUGAACCUGGCCUUCGCCCUAUCACGGGUCCCGGACGAGAGCGUCUCCCCGACGAACCCCCGCGACGAGAUCCUCCGCCGCGUGCGCGCCCUCCGCCCGCGCGUGGUGGCGCUGGUGGAGCAGGAGAUCAACACCAGCACCGCCGCCUUCGCCGCCCGCUUCGGCGAGGCGUGCGCCCACUACGGCGCGCUGCUGGAGUCGCUCGACGCGACCGUGGCCCGGGACAGCGUGCAACGUGCCCGAGUCGAGGCCGGUUUGGCUCGGCGGGCGCUCAACUCGGUGGCCAACGAAGGGGCGGACCGGGUAGAGCGGUGCGAGGUCUUCGGAAAGUGGCGGGCGCGGAUGGGGAUGGCGGGGUUCGACUCGGUUCCUCUGGGGCCGGCCGUGAUCGAACCGGUCAAGGCCCGGCUCGCAUCGAUCCGGUCCAAUCGGGGGUUCACCAUGAGAGACGAAGCCGGAGGUCACGGUCUGGGGUUCGGUUGGAAGGGCCGGGUGCUCACGGUCGCUUCCUCAUGGCGGUAGGCCCAGACACACAUUAUUUGAGCCAAGUUAUUAGAAUUAAUUGCUUCUUGUUGGGGACGUACCAACUUGGCCCCAAUUGUUUCGAUCACUAUAUAAUGAUAACGAUGUGUUUGACAACAA